ACUGUAUUUAAAGUUGCACGGCCCAGACAAGUAGUCAGUCGGUUUGUGUUGCUUCAGACUUUGUGAAGUUGUGUUUAUUGCUGCAAUUUAAGAUGAAUUGUGCUGUGCUGUUGGUGUUGACUGUUUGGUUUGGCAGUCAGUGCGGCGGUAGCGCUCUCUCCUCUUCAUGCUCCGAUCCUCCGUCUAAGUGGUGCUCGUCUCUGGACACAGCUAUCCAAUGCGGGGUUUUAAAGCAUUGCCUUCUAUCAAACUACACUCGGUCCCAUCAGACUGAAAAUGCAGUCCAAGUGGGGCUUUACUACGAGAGUCUGUGUCCAGGAUGCAGACUUUUUCUCACUGAGAUGCUCUUCCCCACCUGGAUCUUGCUGAAUGAAAUCAUGUCUGUUUCUCUGGUGCCCUAUGGCAAUGCAAAGGAGAAACCCGAUGGACAGAAGUAUAUUUAUGAGUGCCAGCAUGGAGAACAGGAAUGUUUGGGCAACAUGAUUGAGACUUGUUUACUGAACAUGACACAAAUGGCAUUCCCAAUUAUCUUCUGUAUGGAGUCCUCCACUGAUGUGAUUAAGUCAGCACAGAGCUGUGCUGAACUCUAUAGUCCUCAGUUGAACUGGGAUAUGGUCAUGGGCUGUGUGAAAGGGGAUGUGGGAAACCAGCUGAUGCACCAGAACGCCUUGAAGACUGAGGCCCUGAACCCUCCUCACAAUUAUGUGCCAUGGAUUACCAUUAACGGGGUGCAUACAGAAGAACUGCAGGAUAAGGCUUCGACUUCCCUCUUCACUCUGGUCUGCAGUAUGUAUAAGGGCACCAAGCCUGCAGCCUGUGGAGGGCCCCAGAAGAGAAGCUACAAGACCUACUGCCACAAUGAGUGAAGGAGCAGCUCUGCACAUAUAUGCUUGCUCUGUUCCAGGUGUGGCCACUAAAUAAGGAACGCUCAAGAAUGUUCUGAAACAUUUUUGUAACUGUGAUUUUACAAACUUGUUUUUUUAUAAAGGGAAAACAAUCACUUCACUAAAAUACACAAUAUGAAAAUACAGUUUUCUUUUAAAAAAAAAAAAAAAAGUGUCAUUAUUGAAACCUCACCCACUGAAACCAUGAAUGCUUUUUCAGAUCCUUUUGAAUCAGUGAUGUAGUUUGUAGUAGUGACCUUUUUUUUUUAAAGAUGGGUCAAAGAAAAUGUUCCUUUUGUCCUUUAGAUGGCGCCAUUUUUCAUAACCACACUGUGAGUCUCCUGUUCUUAGUUGAAAUGAAAGAGAAACAAAUAUCACAUUUCAUGUAUCAGUACAUUAAAGUUGUAGAAAUAACUGCU